AUGUCCGCUGGUUCACCGCCACUUUCAUCCCUGCGAUCACCUCCUCCCCCCACCUCCGCGCUCACCGUCGUUGCCCACUCACCGUCCUUCCCCACUCACCGUCCUUCCCCACUCACCGUCGUUGCCCACUCACCGUCCUUCCCCACUCACCGUCCUUCCCCACUCACCGUCCUUCCCCACUCACCGUCGUUGCCCACUCACCGUCCUUCCCCACUCACCGUCCUUCCCCACUCACCGUCCUUCCCCACUCACCGUCCUUCCCCACUCACCGUCCUUCCCCACUCACCGUCCUUCCCCACUCACCGUCCUUCCCCACUCACCGUCCUUCCCCACUCACCGUCGUUGCCCACUCACCGUCCUUCCCCACUCACCGUCCUUCCCCACUCACCGUCCUUCCCCACUCACCGUCCUUCCCCACUCACCGUCCUUCCCCACUCACCGUCCUUCCCCACUCACCGUCCUUCCCCACUCACCGUCCUUCCCCACUCACCGUCGUUGCCCACUCACCGUCCUUGCCCACUCACCGUCCUUCCCCACUCACCGUCCUUCCCCACUCACCGUCCUUCCCCACUCACCGUCCUUCCCCACUCACCGUCCUUCCCCACUCACCGUCCUUCCCCACUCACCGUCCUUCCCCACUCACCGUCCUUCCCCACUCACCGUCCUUCCCCACUCACCGUCCUUCCCCACUCACCGUCCUUCCCCACUCACCGUCCUUCCCCACUCACCGUCCUUCCCCACUCACCGUCCUUCCCCACUCACCGUCCUUCCCCACUCACCGUCCUUCCCCACUCACCGUCGUUGCCCACUCACCGUCCUUCCCCACUCACCGUCCUUCCCCACUCACCGUCCUUCCCCACUCACCGUCCUUCCCCACUCACCGUCCUUCCCCACUCACCGUCGUUGCCCACUCACCGUCCUUCCCCACUCACCGUCGUUGCCCACUCACCGUCCUUGCCCACUCACCGUCCUUCCCCACUCACCGUCCUUCCCCACUCACCGUCGUUCCCCACUCACCGUCCUUCCCCACUCACCGUCCUUCCCCACUCACCGUCCUUCCCCACUCACCGUCCUUCCCCACUCACCGUCCUUCCCCACUCACCGUCCUUCCCCACUCACCGUCCUUCCCCACUCACCGUCCUUCCCCACUCACCGUCCUUCCCCACUCACCGUCCUUCCCCACUCACCGUCCUUCCCCACUCACCGUCCUUCCCCACUCACCGUCCUUCCCCACUCACCGUCCUUCCCCACUCACCGUCCUUCCCCACUCACCGUCCUUCCCCACUCACCGUCCUUCCCCACUCACCGUCCUUCCCCACUCACCGUCCUUCCCCACUCACCGUCCUUCCCCACUCACCGUCCUUCCCCACUCACCGUCCUUCCCCACUCACCGUCCUUCCCCACUCACCGUCCUUCCCCACUCACCGUCCUUCCCCACUCACCGUCCUUCCCCACUCACCGUCCUUCCCCACUCACCGUCCUUCCCCACUCACCGUCCUUCCCCACUCACCGUCCUUCCCCACUCACCGUCCUUCCCCACUCACCGUCCUUCCCCACUCACCGUCCUUGACCACUCACCGUCCUUCCCCACUCACCGUCCUUCCCCACUCACCGUCCUUCCCCACUCACCGUCCUUCCCCACUCACCGUCCUUCCCCACUCACCGUCCUUCCCCACUCACCGUCCUUCCCCACUCACCGUCCUUCCCCACUCACCGUCCUUCCCCAGAAAGUCCCCCACGAAGACGCUGUCGAUGUUGCCGCGGGAUCAAUCAAUACAACAGUACGCUAAAACCAUUCUCUCCAUCGUCGACUAUUGCCACCAGAAGAAAAUCAUCCACCGCGACUUAAAGCCCGAGAACUUCCUCCUCGCGAACAAGCGCGAGGACGCGCCGCUCAAGGUCACGGAUUUCGGCCUGUCGGUGUUCUUUAAGGACGGCGAGGUGUUUACCGAGACGGUCGGCAGCGCGUUCUACGUGGCGCCGGAGGUGCUUAAGGGCAAGUACGGCAAGGAGUCGGACGUGUGGAGCUGCGGCGUCAUUCUCUACAUUCUCCUCAGCGGCGCUCCUCCCUUCUAUGGAUCGUCGGAGAAGCAGAUUCUCAACGCGGUGCUGAUGCGCAACGCGGACCUGUCCAUCCACGGUCUCACCUCCCCAACUCUCUGCUUUUCCCAUUCCCCUGUUCCCCCUCCCUCCCUACCUCCCUCUCCCCACCUCCCCCCCAACGUCCCCUUCCCCCCAUUCUCAGCGACGGAGAAGCAGAUAUUCAACGCGGUGUUGAAGGGCAACGCGGAUCUGGCGGGCGAGCCGUGGCCGCACAUCAGCGAUUCCGCCUGCUCUCCGCUCAUUCUUCUUUCCACCCUCGUUUCCAUCCACCCUCCCCUCCUCCUCUCCCCCUUUCUCUGCCUCCCAUUCACCUGCUCCCCCUGUUCCCCCUCCCGCCUUUCUCCCCGCCCCACCAACUUCGCUAAACAAACUCAACUCCCCCUUUCCCCCCCAGCGACGGAGAAGCAGAUUUUCAACGCGGUGCUGAAGGGCAACGCGGACCUGGCGGGCGAGCCGUGGCCGCACAUCAGCGAUUCCGCCAAGGACCUCGUGCGCCGCAUGCUCACGCUCGACCCGCACAAGCGCAUCACCGCCGCUGACGCCCUCCGUGAGUGCCUGCUGUCUGGCGCACUGGGUUGGGGUCUCGUGCGCCGCAUGCUCACGCUCGACCCGCACAAGCGCAUCACCGCCGCCGACGCCCUCCGCCAUCCGUGGGUGGCGGCGGACAAGGCUUCGGACAAGCCGCUGGGCGCGGCCGUGCUGAAGCGCAUUCAGAAGUUCAGCGCCGCCAACAAGAUGAAGAAGCUCGCUCUCAAGGCUGAACUCCAAGUUAAGAAGUUGCCUACCCCAUUCCCCCCACCUAUCCUCGUUUUGACGCCCCAUCCUCGCCACCUCACCCCUCCAUCACCACUUUUAACCUCACGUCGCCCACUCUUUCUCGCACCCCUCUCCCCCGCGUUUUCCCCCUCACGCCCUCCUGUGGUGGUGGCGUGCAAUCUGUCGCGGGAGGAGAUCUCGGGGCUGAAGAAGAUGUUCAAGGAGAUGGACAAGGACGGCAGCGGCAGCAUCACGUACGACGAGCUGCGCGAGGGCAUGCGCCGCCUCGGCAGCCCCAUCCCUCCCGAGCAGCUGCAGCAGAUCAUGGAGGCCGCGGACGUGGACAACAGCGGCACCAUCGACUACACGGAGUUCAUCACAGCAACGAUGCAGAUGAACAGUGUCGAGAAGGAGGAGCACAUCCUCGCUGCGUUCAAGCACUUCGACAAGGACGGCAGCGGCAUCAUCACGGUGAGCGAGUUGCGGGAGGCGCUGGAGGAUGAGGGCAUGCUGGAGCCGGGGGAUAUCGAGCAGAUCAUCGAACAAGUGGACACGGACCGGAGCGGCACGAUCGACUACGAGGAGUUUGCAGCCAUGAUGCGGCAGCAACAGGGAGGAGCGGCCGAGAAGCCCCGCCGCAAGCAAGGAAUGUCCUCCGCCUACUACUGA